AGCCAGACUUGCAGGAUUAACCUCAUAUUGUCCGUGAGUUGUAUUUAUUGUAGAAAUUGCAUUGUAAGUUUUCUCAAGAUUAAACUUAAAACAAUGUCAGUGUGUGAAUUUCUGAGGAGUUUCGGAUAUUCUUUGACAAAUCUACUAAGUAAGUAAUACUGGAAUGAUAGGCGGACCGAGCACUAGCCGUGGUGGCGAUAGUUCUUCAUCAGUGACCACAUCUACGAUUAUGAAUACCAAAGAAAAAGAGAAAUAUAUAGAAGAAUUCGACUUUCCGUACUGUGAUGAAGCUACAAAGUAUGAGAAGAUUGCAAAAAUUGGUCAAGGCACAUUUGGGGAGGUUUUCAAAGCCAAAGAGAAGAAGAAUCCGAAGAAGGUUGUAGCAAUGAAGAAAGUGUUGAUGGACAAUGAAAAAGAAGGUUUCCCGAUCACUGCACUCCGAGAAAUCAGGAUAUUGCAGCUUCUAAAACACGAAAAUGUAGUAAAUUUAAUAGAAAUUUGUAGAACUAAAGCUACACAGUUUAAUAGAUAUCGAUCAACGUUUUAUCUAGUUUUUGACUUUUGUGAACACGACCUAGCGGGAUUACUAUCCAAUGUGAAUGUGAAAUUUAGCCUCGGAGAAAUCAAAAAAGUAAUGCAACAACUACUCAAUGGAUUAUAUUACAUUCAUAGCAAUAAAAUUCUACAUAGAGACAUGAAAGCAGCUAAUGUUUUGAUAACCAAAACUGGAAUAUUAAAACUAGCAGACUUUGGGUUGGCAAGAGCGUUUAGUGCAACCAAAAACGGACAGGCAAACCGGUAUACAAACCGAGUGGUGACGCUGUGGUACCGACCACCAGAGUUACUGCUGGGUGACCGCAACUACGGUCCGCCAGUCGACCUGUGGGGCGCAGGCUGUAUUAUGGCGGAAAUGUGGACAAGGAGUCCCAUAAUGCAAGGUAACACUGAGCAACAACAGCUGACCCUGAUCUCCCAGCUGUGUGGCUCAAUAACUCCCGACGUGUGGCCUGGUGUCGAGGCUCUAGACUUGUACAACAAGAUGGAGCUUCCCCGCGGCCAGAAACGCAAGGUGAAAGAACGGUUAAAACCCUAUGUCAAAGACCCUUACGCCUGCGAUCUGCUUGACAAACUGCUAGUGCUAGACCCUGCCAAGCGAGCGGAUGCUGACUCUGCGCUCAACCACGACUUCUUUUGGACAGACCCCAUGCCUUGCGACCUCAGUAAGAUGUUAGCGCAGCACACACAGAGUAUGUUUGAGUACCUGGCGCCGCCUCGGCGACCCGGACACAUGCGACCUCACCACCACCAACCCGGCGCCGUGCCUUCCACGACGGUCAGCAAACCGGUUUCAUCGAUGGACAGUGGCUAUCAGGACAGAGUAUUUUGAGUUAUGUCAAUUUGUUGUUUCAAAUUAUUUUCUGUAAAUAACGCUUUAAAACUCGUACUUGUUAUGGCAAUGUAAAGGUAUGGAGGUUUUAGUGCGUUUAAGGAGAAUUUUAUGUGUCACAUUUUUUUUUUGCCGGAAAUAAAUGGAUUAAACGUGAAAGUUCUUUUAUUCAUGGCUAGUUAAAUAUUUGGUGGAAAGUUUAGUAUGUUGCUAAACUGGUUGGUCAUUUUAACAAUACUUUGUGAAAGUACUGGUAUUCAAAAUAUGAGAAAGUUAUAGUUUCUAAAUUGCCAUAAGGGGGUACAGUUAGAUUUAUUAUGGUUCUCAAAAGACACAGAUUUUAAACAUAAAUUAGUUUAUACAAAUUAGGCUAUUUAAUAUAAAUAGUAGGCCUACUAAAAUAAGGAUCUAAUCUAAGUCUUUUAUAAUUACAACUACCAUAAAGGAAGUAAAGUUAAUAAUACUCCUAGCGAGAUUACUAGAAAAAUUUGAUUGAUUUUAUUAAAUUGUAUUGUUUAAUAUUGUUUAAAGGGGAAAAAAGCAACUUGGCUUUGGAAUAAUUAUUGGGGAGAAAGGAAGGAUAAACAAGUAACUCACUUGUAUUUCCUUCCUUUCUCCUUAAUAAUUAUUGUUUAAUAUUUGUAUUUAUUUUAUUUUAGUUCUUACUAGAAAACCAAUAAACAGAUUAAAGUAUCUAUAAGAGUACUAUACAGCAAUGGUAUAAAAUUCAGAUAUAGCUGAUGACAUAUUUUGUAGAAAAAUACUUUUUAUUAUUUUGUAGUAAAUGUUAUCAUUCAAAUUUCAAGAUGUCCACCUAGCUAACUAUUUUAGUUGAUUUUUGACACCAGACUUCAAAAUAUAUCUAUUUGUAAUAUGCCACAAGGCCAGAAGUAGGUGUUAAUAGUUCGUGCAUGAUAAUUCAAGGCAUACCGAGCACGGCAUCUCAUGCGAGUACUAUUAACAUCUUCUUGAAUGAGUCACAUACAAUACUUUUGCUACACUACCAGCAUCAAAUAUACAGGAUUAUGUAAAACACCAAAAAAAUAAUUAAAUUACAGCACUGAUAUAUCAGUCCUUUUUAAAAGAACAUUUGAACAGAAUCUUCAACUUCAAAAAAAUUUACGUUUGUAAUUCUUCUAAUUAGUGAUGGUCAAAACCAGAAAUUUCUAAUCCCGAAUCUUGAAUCUCAAAACCGAAACUUUUUUACUUAGCUGGUUACUAAGGUGAAGGUUACAAAAAAUAUAGGUAAUAAUAAAAUCUUAAGUAUGAUAGGACUGAUAAUGUUAAAACCCAAUACAACAUUAUUUUUUAUAAACAACCAUUAAUACUAUAACAACAUUAAUAGCUAUAUACCUUACAAGUGUAGUAAGAGCGUUUUUACAUCACGCAGGGGAAUGUUGUGCAACGAGCGGAAGCGAGUCAAUUUACCAAAGUGAUAUAAACACGCUCUUGCGUAACGUGUAACGUACAAGGUUUUACCUGACCCGACAAUAUACAGGAGGCUACGAACAAUAUUUUUCAUUAUCCAUUUCACUCAUCUUCUAACAGUAGUUUUUUUCAACUUUACAUCACUCGAGAAGUAAAGAAGUUGUAUAUAUCUCACUUGGGAUAGGGAAGUUGAACGUGGCGGGUUAGGUAAAAUAAAUUAAACUCCUAACACCAACACAAACAUGAAUAUUAGAUUAAUUAGUACGUUUACUGGUCAAUAUUUCUUCGUGUUAAGUAAAUAUUGAUAUAAAACUGAAUUGUACGUCAUUUCAGUUAUAGUAUGAUGCCUUUUGAAGUUCAUAAUACAAUUUACUUGUUUCAUUACUGUUAAUAAUGGCGAUAUGGUUGCUCUAUUGCUGCCAGCUUGAGUGGAAACAGUAUUAAAAACAAUAAUAUUGACACAAAAAUGUCAGCAUUUUCAAAAAUAAAACUUCCAUAAAUCUUCAAUUUUGAAACUUUUCAAUCUCGAAACUCGGUGAUCAAAUCUCAAAACCGAAACUUUUCCAAAGUUUUGAUGGUUUUGAAAUUUGAAAUUCAGUUCACUACUUCUAAUAUUUAUUGUGAAAAUGCAAUGUACUUGUCAAAAACCUGUCUAGUAUUUAUUGUAUAGCUUCAUUUAGAGCCUACUAUAGAAACUACGUAGGGACAAGCUUCUUACUGUGUAGUGUUGCAAAAAAAAUAAUAAUCAUGUUUUUAUUUUACUUAUUUUAUCAAAUUUUAGGAGAAGUUAAGGCAAGAAUGGUGCCACUUAUCAAGCAAAAUAGUUAGGUACAUUAUAAGGCAAGUUUAGACUGGGCAUUUUGUGAUUAGUCCGUAUAAGUAACAAAAUUUGUCUUCAGUAGUUAUAGAAUUUUGUAAAAAAGUCAAAAAUAUUUUUGUUUAGGGUUUUUUAGGCUGUAUCAAGUUUUAUUUUUACAUCAGUAAUUUUAUUUUUUAAAUGUAAUAUUGCUUUUUUGGAUUCACUACUGCAAGUGUAAUUAAAUUGUCUGUGAAUAUUCAUUUAUCCAUUUAGUAUUUGAUGUUUUCUGUAAACAAAUGUUAUUUUUCAUUUAAAAAAUGAUUUUAUUAAAAGUUAGUUGUUCUAUACGUAAGUUCCCAUUUUGGAUUUUUAUUAUUUGGUUACAAUAUAAAAACAUAGAAUAAAUAACACUUCAAAAUCAAAAGUGACAGUUUACAUAUAACAUUCAUGGAUCUAAAUGUCAAUUGAGUAAGUAAAUUGUUAAAAUGAGUUGAUUGGUUUAGCUCAUGUAUAGUUUUCAAAUGUCCUUAAUAAGGAAAUGUAUAUUUAUAAUAUGUGGUGGUGCAUUAAAGGGUAUUUUAAGUUAAGAAAAAUUAGCCAAAACAAAUAGUAUUCAUUCUUUUAAAACAUCUAUAUUUCCUCGAGUCAAAACAUCUCCAACGAAAUGUUUGAAAAAAUGUUAACAAGGCAUCUCAUUAUAUACCUCAAUAGAUGAUGUAAAAGUUAAAAUAUGCUAUUAAAUCUCAGCAUAUAAUCAAUAUCGACACACUAAAACCUACUGUCAUAUUUUUACAAACCAAUGUUAGUUUUUAUAUAAAGUUUUGUAAAUAUUGUCCAGUUAGUGUCUGUAAUUUUUCACCUACUUUAGGUUAUGUAGUAUUUAUUUAUAGGUUAUUAUGUUUACCUUAAUCGUUGUACAUAUUGUCUUUGCAGUGGUCACUGUAAAAUUAAAUAUUUUUGUA